CGGCGUUUCUUAGCUCGUGGGUAUUGUUGUACUGCUGCCGAGUAGAAAAAAAAAGAAUAAGAACAAUAAUAAUAAUAGCUGUGGAAGAAUAAAGUAAUAAAAGGAGGCAGGCUAUUUUGCAUUUGAAAAUCUAUGCUCUUUUGAAAAAGUGUUGUUCUCCACUCGUGCAUGUUCAAAUCGGAGGAGUAUAUCAGAGCCGUGAGUCGGCCAGACUUUUAGUUUCUACGCGAGCGGCAAUACAAGACAGAAGGCAUGAUUUUGAGACGGAGUUCAGUCUUUGCUGGUUUUCUCUUACAUGCAUUUUUACUAUGCUUGCGAACUAAGGUGUCUGUUGCAUCAGGACACUUCGAAUUACAAAUCGUUUCGAUGCAGAACGUGAAUGGCGAAUUGCAGAACGGGAUGUGUUGCGAUGGCUCUCGGAAUGCAGCAGAUCGAAAAUGCAUGAGGGAUGAAUGUGAUACUUAUUUCAAAGUGUGCCUGAAGGAAUACCAGUCCAGGGUUUCUGCAGCUGGGCCUUGCAGCUUCGGAACUGGAUCUACCCCUAUCAUCGGAGGGAAUACGUUUUCUUUGAAGAACAACAUGAAGAGCUCCAGGAUUGUAUUGCCUUUCAGCUUUGCGUGGCCGAGGUCAUACACAUUGAUAGUGGAAGCCCUGGACUUCAAUAACGACACCAGCGGCGGCAGUGGCUCCGGAGAGAUUAUCGAGAAGGCCGUCCACUCCGGAAUGAUCAAUCCCAACCGCCAGUGGCAGACCCUGAAGCACAAUGGUCCCGUGGCCCAGUUCGAGUACCAGAUCCGGGUCACCUGCGACGAGCACUACUACGGCUUCGGCUGCAACAAGUUCUGCCGGCCGCGCGACGAGUUCUUUGGGCACUACACCUGCGACCACAACGGCAACAAGACCUGCCUGGAGGGGUGGUCUGGGCCAGAGUGUAACACAGCUAUCUGCCGGCAAGGCUGCAGCGCAGAGCACGGAUCCUGCAAAACACCUGGAGAGUGCAAAUGCCUGUACGGUUGGCAGGGGGAGUACUGUGACAAGUGCAUCCCUCACCCGGGCUGCGUGCACGGGACCUGCGUGGAGCCCUGGCAGUGCCUGUGUGACACCAACUGGGGCGGCCAGCUCUGCGACAAAGAUCUGAACUACUGCGGCACUCGGCAGCCGUGCCUGAACGGGGGGACCUGCAGCAACACUGGGCCUGACAAGUACCAGUGCACGUGCCCAGAGGACUACUCCGGGGUCAACUGCGAGAGGGCGGAGCAUGCCUGCCUGUCCGACCCCUGCUCCAAUGGGGGCAGCUGCGUGGAAACCAGCCAGGGUUUCGAGUGCCAGUGUGCCCCGGGGUGGAGCGGCCCAUCUUGCACAAUAAAUGUCGACGACUGCGAACCGAACCCCUGCAACCACGCCGGCACCUGCCAGGACCUGGUCAACGGGUUCAAGUGCAGCUGCCCGCCGCAGUGGACAGGCAAGACGUGCUUGAUCGAUGCCAAUGAAUGCGAGGGCCGGCCCUGCGUGAAUGCCAACUCUUGCCGCAACCUGAUUGGUGGAUACUUCUGCGAGUGCCUGCCUGGUUGGACGGGCCAAAACUGCGACAUCAAUAUCAAUGAUUGCCAGGGCCAGUGUCAAAACGGAGGAACCUGCAGGGAUUUGGUUAAUGGUUACCGUUGUGUCUGUCCACCUGGGUAUGCAGGAGAGCACUGUGAAAAGGAUGUCAAUGAGUGUGCCAGCAGCCCCUGUUUGAAUGGGGGUAGCUGUCAGGACGAAGUCAAUGGAUUCCAGUGCCUGUGUCUGGCCGGUUUCUCAGGCAACCUCUGUCAGCUGGAUAUCGAUUACUGCGAGCCAAACCCCUGUCAGAACGGAGCGCAGUGCUUCAACCUGGCCACCGACUACUUCUGCAAGUGCCCCGAGGACUACGAGGGCAAGAACUGCUCACACCUCAAAGACCACUGUCGCACAACGCCCUGCCAAGUGAUCGACAGCUGCACUGUGGCCAUGACCUCCAACAGCACCCCCGAGGGGGUGCGCUACAUCUCGUCCAACGUCUGCGGGCCGCACGGCCGGUGCAAGAGCCAGGCAGGGGGCCAGUUCACCUGCGAGUGCCAGGAGGGGUUCACCGGCACCUACUGCCACGAGAACAUCAAUGACUGUGAGAGUAACCCGUGUCGGAAUGGCGGGACAUGCAUCGACAAAGUCAGCGUGUAUCAGUGUAUUUGCGGGGAUGGCUGGGAAGGAGUCCAUUGCGAGAUAAAUGUCGACGACUGCAGCACAAACCCUUGUCACAACCGGGGGACGUGCCGGGACCUGGUGAACGACUUCUACUGCGAGUGCAAGUACGGGUGGAAGGGGAAGACCUGCCACUCCCGGGAGAGCCAGUGCGAUGAGGCCACCUGUAACAACGGCGGGACCUGCUACGAUGAAGGGGACACGUUCAAGUGCAUGUGCUCGCCCGGCUGGGAGGGGGAGACCUGCAACAUCGCCAAGAACAGCAGCUGCCUGCCCAACCCCUGCGAGAACGGAGGCACCUGUGUAGUCAGUGGCGACACCUUCACCUGCGUUUGCAAGGAAGGCUGGGAGGGAAGCACCUGCACUCAGAAUACCAAUGACUGCAAUCCACACCCUUGUUACAACAGCGGUACCUGCGUGGACGGGGAUAACUGGUACCGGUGUGAGUGCGCUGCAGGCUUUGCUGGCCCUGACUGUCGGAUCAAUAUCAACGAGUGCCAGUCUUCCCCCUGUGCUUUUGGCUCCACCUGCGUGGAUGAGAUCAACGGUUACCGCUGCCUGUGUCCGCCUGGUAGGGCUGGCCCCAGAUGUCAGGAAGUGACGGGAAGACCGUGCAUCUUCAACACCCGCGUCGCCGCAGACGGGACCAAGUGGGACGAGGACUGCAACACCUGCCAGUGUCACAACGGGAAGGUCACCUGCACAAAGAUGUGGUGUGGCCCCAAGUCCUGCCGCAUGCACAGCAAAGGGCGCGGGGAGUGCCCCUCCAGUCAGACCUGUGUGCCCAUUAAGGAGGACCACUGCUUCGUGAAGCCCUGCCCUGGUCUGGGGGAGUGCUGGCCCGCUGGCCAGCCCCCGGUUCGGACCAAAUGUCACCCCGGCUCCAAUUUCCUGGAGAGCAGCUGCGCCAACAUCACUUUCACCUUUAACAAGGAGACCAUGCCACCUGGCCUGACCGUUGAGCACAUCUGUGCCGAGCUGAGGAACCUGUAUGCUGUGCGGAACCUCUCGUCCGAAUACAUGGUGUCCAUGACAUGCGAACCCUCACCCACCGCCAACAACGAGAUCCACGUAGCCAUAUCAACAGAAGAUCAGAGACAAGACAGAACUCCCAUCAAGGAAAUCACCGAUAAGAUCAUCGACCUCGUGAGCAAGCGCAACGGCAGCAACGGCAUCAUCGCGGCGAUCGCAGAAGUGCGAGUCCAGAGACGGCAGACCCAGAGCCAGACCGACUACCUGGUUCCCCUGCUGAGUUCCGUGUUCAUCGUGAUCUGGAUCCUGGCGCUGGGCUCCGCCUUCCUUUGGUGUGUGCGGCGGCGGCGGAAGCAGAGCAGCCACGGCAACGCCGGCGCCUCGGCAACGGAGGACAACACCACCAACAACGUGCGGGAGCAGCUCAACCAGAUCAAGAACCCCAUCGAGAAGCACGCGGCCAACAGCGUCCCCGUCAAGGACUACGAGGACAAGAACUCCAUCAUCGCCAAAAUUAGGACAAAUAACUCCGAGGUGGAGGACGAAGAGGUGGAGAAGCACCUGCAAAAGGCCCGGUUCACCAAGCAGCCGGCCUACACCCUGGUUGACAGGGAGGACAAAACGCCCCACAGCACGCCCACCAAACACCCAAACUGGACAAACAAACAGGACAACAGAGACUUGGAAACAGCACAGAGCUUAAACCGGAUGGAGUACAUUGUAUAGCAGGCAGCCGUGUUGCCGUGCAAACAGCCCACCUCGCUCGAGGGCGGGGGGCUCCGAGUUCAUAGUUCUUAAACUGUUGUGUCAUAUUUUUGACUCUAAGGUUAUUAUUUACACAGAAUGCCUGUGUUAAUUUAAGUUUUGACAAGCUGGCUUACACUGGCAAAGAUCGUUGCUGUGGUUGGCUGGAAAACCAAGUGCUGCAUUUCACGUCUAUGCAAAACUAGUUUCAGGUGCCCUUUCCGUAAUUGAGAUGUAAAUGGUGGGUACAUUUAAGAGUAUUUAUACGCAAAUUUCACCUUUCUCUUGUUUAGAAAGUGAUCGCGAACAGUCUUAAGCGUUUUCUUUGGCAAAUAGGAAAACAAACAAAAAAAAGUUAUGUUGAAUUUAUGUGGGCUCUUAAUUGUUGGUGUACAACUAGUUCUGUAUUUGAAAGUGCCUCUGCAGCUCCAUACCACAGCAACCAUCACAAAGUUUAUUAUUUAUUAUUUUUAUUAUAUUUUUGU